AUGCCAAACAUAGAUCUCCAGGUCCUAAAGGAACCCAGCAUGCCCCAGGGCGAAGCAGAUGUUCUCGACACAUUGGCCAAAGCAUUAAACUCUAGCGAUGAUCCUGCAGUCGUCGCGGCCAACCUGGAAGACGAGCUACGACAGUUAACUGCCUCAAGCAAGUCAACAAAGGCUGCAGACACCCUGCUUUGGAAUCUGUGGGUGAUGCUGUUGGAGGUGGUGAGAAUCGUGCCCAUCGAACAUCCAUGGCACGCCGCGCUCGCCGCUGGCAUGAACAACUUGCGCUCGAGAGGCGGGCUUGUGGUUGAACUCGAGGAUUACACGCUGAACUGGGCGGACCUGCCCGAUCUGAGCAUGUAUGUCUUCGACAAGUGGUUUAACCCUACCGAGUUGGACGACUACACCUCGGAGGACGUAGACGCCUGGAAACGCUGGAACUCAUUUGCGUCACAGCUCCUGAAUGAAGAGUACAUGAACUGGAUUAUUUUACCCUACUGGGAGAUACGCUCGGCGCUGGAAUUCCCCCGCCGGAGGACCCAACUAUAUUUGAGUGCAGACUUUGGGUAG